AUGAGCAUGAUUUGGAAAGAGCACUGGAANUGCCAAAAAUCAGACAGAAUCCGGAGAAUUAAUAUCCAAACAGGGAAUCAGCUGCUUGAACAAGUGGAACAUUUUAGAUACCUAGGCAAUCUAAUCAACCAAGAUGGAAGAUGUGCCAUGGAAAUAAGAUCCAGAAUCGCACAGGCGAAGUCAGCAUUUAUGAAUAAGAAAAAUUUGUUAUGCUCCAAUAGCAUGAGUAUUGGAGUGAGGAAACGCUUCAUUAAAGUGUAUGUAUGGAGUGUGGCACUAUUUGGCUGCGAAACAUGGAUUCUGAAUAAGGCAGAACAACGGACACUCGAAAGCUUUGAAAUGUGGUGUUGGAGAAGGAUGCUGAGAGUGAGUUGGAUAGAACACCGUACCAACGAAAGCAUACUCAGUGAAAUAGAUGAAAGCAGAGAGAUUCUCAAAACCAUCAGAGCAAGACGAUGGAACAUGAUUGGGCACAUAUUGAGGCACGAAAAUGAGCUAAUCUACAGAAUAAUAGAAGGGAAAAUGGAAGGCAAAAGGGGCCAAGGGCGUCCAAGAACUUCAUUUGUCAAACAAUUGAUUUCCGAUGCUAGACUAUCAAGCUACGCUGAACUGAAGAGGUUAGCUGGGAACAGGGAAGAGUGGAGAGCGCAUGUCCAACUGCAAAACCAACCUUAAGGGUUGAAUACCAAGAGAGAGAGAGUUUAAACAAUAGACAAAAGAUUAACUGUAUAAAUUAUAUUUAACAGAUUUAAU